CCUCCCUUCCUGCUCCGCUGCUGCAGAAAAUGGCUGGAAGCAGUAGCAGCAGCAGCAGCAGUGGCGCGGAAAGGAACGUUCCUGAGUAUGAAACGCCGGAGCGGAAUUCCCGGAUGUUCCACGUGGGCGCCUUCGGGGCUCUGUGGAAGGAGGCGCUGCGAGAGGAGGACCUGGCCCUCGAGGAUGAAGACCAAGGGGAGGGGGAAGAGGAGGAGGAGGAUGCCGCGUUGGUCGCAGAGUUUCAGUGCGCGCCAGAAGUCGCGGCCGAGCUAAGGGCGGUCUGCAGAGUUGAUGCGCUGAUGGGACCAGCGAAGGAAAAUACAGAGGUUAUACCUGAAGACACCAAUUUAUUAACCCUUAGAAUCAGACAGAAGGCUCUUGAGAGACGAGAAAAAACAAUCAUUGUAGAUCGUGCAUGCAGACAAGAAACAUUUAUCUAUGAGAUGGAGUCUCACGCAAUUGGAAAGAAGCCAAAAGAUCCAGCCAACUUACUUAAGGAAGGAGAGCUUGUCUUAACUCUCAAUAUUUACUACCCUGUUAUAUUUCAGAAGCAUAAGCUUCAAAAGCCAUAUCAGACAGUGUUGGUUCUUGGUAGCCAGAAACUUACUGAACUGAGAGAUUCCAUUUCCUGUGUCAGUGACCUUCAGAUUGGAGGGGAAUUCAGCAAUAAUCCUGAUCAAGCUCCUGAAAACAUCAGCAAGGAUCUUUACAAGUCAGCUUUCUUUUAUUUCGAAGGUGUUUUUUAUGAUGAUAGAAGGUACCCAGAGUGCAGAGACCUAAGCAGCACAAUUAUUGAGUGGUCCGAAUCUCGCAACAGAGGCUAUUCAAAUCUUCAGUCUGCUAAAAUGGAAGACUACACAUUUAAGGACUUGAACAUCAAAAUAGGUUUUCCGUACCUGUACUGUCACCAAGGAGACUGUGAGCACAUUGUUAUCAUCACAGAUAUCAGGCUUAUUCAUCAGGAUGAUUGCCUGGAUAGGAGCCUCUAUCCCUUACUAACUCGAAAACCCUGGUUAUGGACCAAGAAGUGUUUUGUAUGCAAAAUGUACACAGCCAGGUGA